UGAACUCGUCCGACUUCACAGUCCUGUCACGGCUAUUCACUCACCUGGUGACCAUGCUCCCUUCCCCGGGUAGUCUCAAUGCUGCAGUGCAGCGAGAGCCGGUAGCCUAUCGACAGUCCCAAGCGUUGCCAGAUGAGCCUACGCCUGUUGUGGACGGGGAAGUGUGUCGAAA